AUGGAUCUGGGUGCUCUCGAUGGCGGCGGAGACGGUGGCGGGAAGAAAUCAGUCACCCUCCCGGACGACUUGCCCAAGUCGCUCAAUGACCGGAGGAUAGUACGGACCGAGCUGAUGCCCGAAACAGAGAUGUAUGACGGGUGGCAAGGACAAUCACAAUUCCUUACUUCACCUAUGCUAGCGAAACCUUUGGACUUUGGCGACCUGUCCCUGGACGAUAGGAACUACAUCGAUGACGACCUACGCAGUCCCAUAAGUAACGAGGCGAGGCUAAUGGAGAUGCUGGCCGCUCAGGCGGCGCACUCUGCCGAUCCAGGCUUUGGUGACGAAGAUACCAUUGCCGCCGACGAAAAGGCGCGGGAUUUUGUGGAUAUCAACGGCCCCGAUGAGGACGGAACGCCGGCUCUGAUCUACGCCAGUUGCUUUGGCCAUGAGAGUGUAGUCCAAGCCCUGGUUGAUGCUGGCGCCGACGUCGAUAAGCAAGACCGUAACCAGUGGACCGCCCUAAUGUGGGCGAUGACGAAUCGCCACAAGAGCAUCGCAAAGAUGCUUCUCGACCACGGCGCCUCUGCCGAGCAAAAGACGUCCACGGGCCGGACCGCCAUUGAUUUCGUACCCCUGAUAGCGAUAUGUCCUACUAUCUUCACGAUAGCGGGUAUAACCUCGGAACCGCUGGCGUGA